AUGAAUCGAACGUUUCCGUUUGAACAUCCUCCCUCUGGUUUGAGAUCAGCAGUACCAAUUGGCGGAAUUACCACAGGUUCAAUUGAAUUACGUGGUGACGGAACAUUUCACGAAUGGACGAUCGAAAAUCAAUCACCCGCAACAGGAGCAAAAUUAGGGUUUAUCAAUGACGCUCUAUUAGCUUUUCGUAUCACAAAUUUAGAUACAAAGGAGAGUGAUACUCGAUUGAUUCGUACACAUCCAACUCACAGUAUCAAAGGAAUUCAAACGAUCAAAUAUCAUGGUUCAUAUCCCGUCAGUAAAUUAGAGUUAGUCGAUGAAUCAUUGAAAGCCGAUAUUGACCUUUAUGCUUAUUCAGUAUUNACAAGAUCAAAUCUUUUGAAAUCAGAUUUUCAGCGUUCAACAAAGAUGAAAGUCGAUGAGAUCAUCUCAUCGGUCACUUCAUCAUUCAACAUUCAUUUGAAUAUCGGACAGAAGAUGAUUAUCGAUACACCAGAAACAUUUGUUUCAUUCGAAGUGAUUUCAAUCGAACAAGUUGGACGGGCAGAAAUUCAUCUUUCAUCAAAUGUCACAUCUUCUCUUGAAAACAUUUCACCUGUUUGUCUUGUGAGAUCAAUGAUCGAACGAUUAGCUGUAUUUGACAAGAACUCUAAGACGAAUCUUUCCACGAUGAUCUUCAAUUCGACUCAUCACAAUCAAACAUUUCAUUAUCAUUUUGUGAAUAUCACCUCUUCUUUACCAAUUUCAGUUCAUCUCGAGUUUGAAUCAGUCAAUGUUAAUUUAUCACAUUUAUUUAUUUAUAAAUUUGAUCAAUUUCCACGAUUGAAUCAACUCGAUGGAUGGAAAUUAUUUUGUUCAUCUAUUCGCAAUUCUCCUUUAUUUCUCGACAAUCAGCAAACAAUUGGUCAUCAAACAUUAAUAUUUAGUUUACGCGAACUGACUUCAUCCGAAUCCAAUGAAUUCUGUUCAAAUGAAACUCUUCCAAUUCCGACGGAUCCAGUUCAUUUCACUUCAGAUUAUCAAACGAGAGUUCAUAUAUCAGAUUAUUAUUACCUUGAUGAACAAAAUCGAUGGAAAUCUGAUGGAUUAACUGUUAGAUCGAAGAUCAAUCAUUAUGAAACAGAAUGUUUUUCUACACAUUUAACAAAAUUCGCAAGUGGAUUUGUCAUUUUAUCAGAGAUGACCGAUUGGAAUUAUGUUUUCAACAAUGCAAAUUUUCACAAAAAUAAAACAGUUUACUUAACUAUCAUCACUGUUACCCUCAUCUACAUCAUUUUGAUGAUCUAUGCACGGAAAUGCGAUAAAAAAGAUUUUGAAAAAUUGGGUGUAACACCUUUGUCUGAUAAUCGAUCAUCGGAUAGUUAUUUUUAUCAAUUGAUCGUUUUUACUGGUCAUAGAAAAGAUUCAGGAACAAAAUCCAAAGUUCAUUUUGUUUUAUAUGGUGAAAAUGAAGUAACUCGUAUUCGAACAUUCGAUGAUCCUCAAAGAGAAAUUUUUCAACGUUAA